CUGAAGAGACUAAUGAAUUUAAGUCAAUAAAAAUAGACAAAUAAAAGGGAACAAACGAGGUACUCCAAAAUUUAUAAUGGAAUAGCGAUUUGGACUGCUUGUACUCAAGCUGGAGUAUAGAUGCACAAGAUCAUCAAGACAUCUGGAUUUAAGAAAGAAAAAGAUAUUUGAAGAUCGAGUAGAGUAGCAUGGAUAGAUUUUCAGAGAUGGCUGCAGAUGUGUUGCUCUCAAAAAGGGUCCAAGAAAUGGUCAUCAAUGGUGAGGAGCCAUCAGGGCCAUAUAUUUGCAGAUCAGUUGGGGAAGAAGAAGAAGAAGAUGACCAUGACACCUGCAAGGCUAAAUCUACCAUUCCCACCAUUGAUUUAAGCUGUUUUUUGCACAACCACCAAGAGAGUAGUUAUGUCACAGAACUACACAAACUCAGAUCAGCCCUCUCUUCAUGGGGUUGUUUUCAGGCAAUUGGACAUGGGAUUUCUACUUCUUUUCUGGAUAAGAUACUGCAAAUUUCAAGGGAGUUCUUUGAACAACCAAUGGAAGAGAAGAUGAAGUAUGCCAAAGGUGUAAGAGAUUUUGAAGGUUAUGGAGGUGAUCCUGUUCCUCAAGAUGGGCAGUCUCUUGAUUGGUCCGAUCGUCUCUUUCUCAAUGGUUAUCCUGAAGAUAGAAGAAAUUAUAAUUUAUGGCCAAAAUAUCCCAACUCUUUCAGAGAAGUGUUGGAAGAGUACAUAGAGAAGAUGAAAAUGGUGACAGAAAUGGUGUCAAAAGCCAUGGCAAAAUCACUAAAUUUGGAAGAAAAUUGCUUCCUGAAACAGUUUGGUGAAAGAUCACAACUGGAUGCAAGGUUCAACUAUUAUUCCCCAUGUGAAAGGCCAGAUCUUGUUCUUGGACUGAAGCCCCAUUCAGAUGGGUCAGGCUACACCAUAAUCAUUCAAGAUGAAAUAGGCCUCCAAGUUCUCAAGGAUCACAAAUGGUUCACUGUUCCUAAAAACCCCCAUGCCCUCCUCAUUCUCAUGGCUGAUCAAAUGGAGAUAAUGAGUAAUGGGAUAUUGAAGAGCCCAGUGCAUAGGGUUUUGAGUAGUUCAAAGAGGGACAGAAUAUCUAUAGCAGUAUUUUACACACCUGAAAUGGGAAAAGAAAUUGGACCAGAAGAAGGGCUACUUAAUAAUGAGGAAAGCCAAAGAGUAUACAAGAAUGUGAAAGACUAUGCAGAUAUUCACUGGGAAAAUUACCAAAGUGGGAGGGCUAUGAGACCAUUGCUUCAUAUAGCACAUGUCUAGAAUAAUAAGCUAAGCUCACUUAAUAUAAUAUUCAUCCUUAUUAGCUCUUUAUACUGCUUAAUGUCCUAAUAAUUUACAUUUGUAUGUACAAUAUUAUAUAUGCAUGUGUGUGCGCAUAUAUUUACCUUCUCCUAGAUUAAACUCAAUCAUCAUUUUCAA